AUGGGCAAUGUGAUCGUGCGCAACGGUAUGGCUUACCUGCUACUAUUGGAUGCGCUAGCACGCCAGGGCCUUGGUAGAGAGCGAGUGUUCCGAGACCGUGAGGAUGUAUUUGCGGAGACAGAUGAGUGGCUGAUGCAACGUUUCAGAUUACCUUGUGCUGUCCUGUUGGACAUAUGCAACCUCCUGCAGCCAAAUCUCACCAAAGAGACCAGAAGGUCCAACCCGGUUCUCCCACACGUCCAAGUCCUCACAGUAUUGGGAUUCCUGGCAACAGGAACCUUCCAAAGGGAGAUAGGGGACAGAGCAGGUGUGUCCCAGUCAUCCGUCAGUUGUGCGCUUCCCUCGGUCAUCAAAGGCCUCAUCACACUGUCCCCCAGGCACAUCCGAUUCCCAUACACCGCCGUAGAUCAACUUCAAAUUAAGCAAGACUUCUAUAACAUGGCUCAACUUCCAAACAUCAUAGGAGCAAUAGACUGCACGCAUAUACGCAUAAAAGCGCCUUCCCCUGACCCAUUCCCGUUCCUGAACCGCAAACAAUACCAUUCCAUCAACGUCCAACUCAUUUCAGAUUCAAAAUAUAACCUCCUCAAUGUUGUUGCUCGAUGGCCCGGGGGAGCGCACGACUCAUUUGUGUUCCAGAACAGUACAGUUGGUACGCGUCUUGCGCAAGGUGCGCAUGGAGAUGGGUGGCUCAUUGCUGAUAGAGGUUAUGGUUUGGUCCCCUGGCUGAUGACACCCUUGGCCAACCCACAGAGUAGACAAGAGCACUCAUACAACAGGCGUCACACAGUCACCCUUCCCGUGGUGGAACGCACCAUUGGCGUUUUAAAAGCAAGGUGGAGGUGCCUUGACACCUCCGGUGGAAAGCUGCUCUACACCCCAGAGAAAUCUUGUCAAAUCAUCAUGGCAUGCUGUGUAUUGCACAACAUUGCAAUGAAAGAGGGCGUUGCACUGCCAGAUCCUACACUUGCUGAGGAUAUGCCAGAUGACGUCCCAGAAGGACUCGACCGACAGGAUGCCAUACGCAUCAGCUAUCCGCCCCAGUGUGCCGCAAAUCUGUUGCAGACACUUAAAGAUGUCCUCUUGGUUUUUCAGGACCGCAUCCGAUACCACCUGUGUCCGUGGAACUCGCCGGGAACCUGGGGCGUCAGACGGGCCUGGCUGCGGAGCAUCAGACGGGCCGGGCUGCAGUGGAGGAACGGGAUCUUGCGCUGA